UCGCGCCAUGUACUAGUGCAUGAUCUAACCGCAAGGUGUAUCUGAAUAUAGACGUUAGUUAAAUACCUCAGUUGCGUGCAGUGCAAUACGUGAUGUAGAUCUGUGACAAACGUGAAUACGUAUCGCUCCAUUCUCAUUUCGAAAUGAUUAUUUCCGCGGUCCCGAAGUGAUUCAGUGUUGAAAUAUUUCAGCCUGUUUUUAUGGCUGAAGCACCAUGAUUGAAUCAAUUGGGAAUUGUAUCGAAAGAAAUCAAUGAUAUUAAGGUGGAAUUAAAGAAAUUAUAAAAUGGCUACAAGAACAGAAGAUACAACAUCUAUUGAUAAUACUAAUGACGGAGAAAGUAUGGAUAAAGAGGUAUUAGCAAUUAGUGGAAAUGAUGAAACUAAUCAUCGUAUUCCACCAACAUAUUUGUAUAAUUCAGGUUCUGAACAAAAUACAGGAAUAUCUAAUCAGGAACAAAACAAUAAAAAUCGUACUCAAGCUUCAGAGGAUCAGUUAGGACCUUUACCACCAAAUUGGGAAAAAGCCUUUACAGAUACAGGAGAAGUUUAUUUUAUAGAUCACAAUACAGGUACUUCUCACUGGUUAGAUCCACGUUUAUCUAAAUUUCAAAAAAGAUCUCUUGAAGAAUGUUUAGAUGAUGAAUUACCUUAUGGUUGGGAGAAAAUAGAUGACACUCUCUAUGGUACAUAUUUCAUUGAUCAUGUAAAUCGUAGAACUCAAUAUGAAAAUCCUGUAUUGCAAGCCAAACGGGCACAACAAAAUUUAGGAGAAAGAAAGAGUCCUAAUUUUACAAGAAAUCCUGAUAAAUUAAAAGGUCAAAAAAUAAGAACAACUUUAAUAAAGAGUACAAGAGGAUUAGGAUUUACAAUUGUUGGUGGAGAUGAUUCAGUGGAAGAAUUUUUACAAAUUAAAAGUGUUGUACCAAAUGGUCCAGCAUGGUUAGAUGGAAAAUUGCAAACAGGAGAUGUAUUAGUCUAUGUUAAUGAUACAUGUGUUUUGGGUUUUACACACAAUGAAAUGGUAAGUGUUUUCAAAUCAAUUAGCAGUGGCGAAACUGUUACAUUAGAAGUAUGUCGUGGUUAUCCAUUACCAUUUGAUCCAAAUGACCCAAACACAGAAGUGGUUACAACUAUUGCUGUAAAUACUCCAGAUAUUUUAACAGAAGAUCCUAGAUUAUACAUGGAUUUGGAUCCUGCUUUGCAAAGUAAUAGUCGUUUCAAUUUUUUGGAUUCUACAUUCUUGCCAGUACAUAAUCUUCAAAAUGGUGAAAAUCUUGCCACAACUUCUGUCAAUUCAAUGCCAGAUCUUUGUAUUUCGGAUAAAAUUAAUACAAUUAAAAGACCUAGCAGUACAGAUAUUUUAUUAUCUGAAAACAGUGAUUUGAAUGAUUGUAAAGAUUCAUCAACGUCUUCCAAACCAGAAUUUCUCAGUAUUGCGAUUGUGAAGGGUACUAUGGGAUUUGGAUUUACAAUAGCAGAUUCUGCUCAUGGUCAGAAGGUUAAAAAGAUUUUAGAUCGUCAACGUUGUAAAAAUUUAAUUGAAGGUGACAUUUUAGUUAAUAUAAAUGAUAUUAAUGUGAGAAAUAUGUGUCAUUCAGAAGUAGUACAGGUUUUAAAAGAUUGUUCUCGCAAUGAAGAGGCACUGAUACAUGUACAAAGAACAACAUCAAAAUCAAACGAAAAAAAGGAAAAAAAUUCACAAGAUUUUUUUAGAAGUAAAACACCAACAGCCGAUAUUUAUAGCACUCAAACAAAAACUGUUGUACCAAGUCGACCAAAAACUCCACUUAUUGAUACUAGAAAUCGUCCAAAAUCUCCAUCUAGUGCUAUCAGAUCAAAUUGGAAUGAACAAAACGAAAAUGAAUUAAAUCCACUUGAUAAUCGAUACAAAUAUUCAGAAUAUACACAUAACAUAUAUUAUAAUGAUCCAUAUAAAGCAAAUAUUACAAAUUUAUCUGAUAAUUUUGUUACAAUGACAAAUUUAGAUGAUGAUUCUGUAAGAAAUAGUACAAAAAGAGAUUGGGUCACAAAUGAAAAAUUGAACAUAAAUAAUGAUGUAUAUUCUAUUGAUAUACCUCAUCAUGAUAAUAUAUUAAAACAAAAUGGAUGCUUACAUUCAGACUAUUAUAAAGAUUUAUAUACAUCACAAUCACAUUCUCAGUAUAGUGAACAAGAUUAUAAUGUAUAUUCCAUUGGUCAAGAACAAAAUGUUGAUACUGGUGAAAUAUGGGAUAAACGAAAAGAGACUACUAGUUUUGAGCAUGAACAACCACAUUCCAGUUCAAUACCACGGUAUCCUCAAUAUAACAACGAAUUAGUGUGUCCGAUCGUGCCUGAUAUAGAAUGGAUAGAAACCUUAGUAACUUUAAUAAGACAAGAUACAGGAUUUGGAUUUAGAAUAGUUGGUGGUACUGAGGAAGGAUCUCAAGUUUCAGUUGGACAUAUAGUACCUGGUGGAGCAGCAGACUUAGAUAAUAGAUUAAAUACAGGUGAUCUCAUUAUGUCCGUUGAUGGUGAGAGUGUUAUGAAUUCGUCACAUCAUCAUGUUGUACAAUUAAUGAUAGCUGCUGCUCAGAAUGGUAGAGUCACUUUGGGAAUUCGUCGCCGAAUUAAUACCCAAGAACAUCUUCCAGAAAAUCUUCAAACGUCAUAUAAUAGACAGAUGAAUCUUCAAUAUCCUUAUGAUGUAACGGUCACUAGAAUGGAAAAUGAAGGUUUUGGUUUUGUUAUUAUUUCUUCAGUUAAUAAAGCUGGUUCGACGAUAGGUAGAAUAAUUGAAGGUUCACCCGCUGAAAGAUGCGGGCGAUUAAAUGUUGGCGAUCAUAUUCUUGCCGUCAAUCAUGUAGAUAUUACAAAUGUUUGUCAUAAAGAUAUUGUGAAUUUAAUUAAAGACUCGGGCUAUUCUGUUACAUUGACAAUUGGUUACCCUCUUGAUGAUUGUUGUAGUAAUACAUCUCUAUCUCAAAAGGAUGAACCAACAUGUGAUGGAGAUGGAGGACAAUAUCAUGCUGUUGAAUUAACUCGUGGAACUAGAGGAUUUGGUUUUAGUAUUCGUGGAGGACGUGAAUUUCAAAAUAUGCCAUUAUUUGUUUUACAAAUUGCAGAAAAUGGUCCAGCAUCUAUUGAUAAUCGAUUAAGAGUCGGCGAUCAAAUAAUUGAAAUAAAUGGAAUUAAUACUAAAAAUAUGACACAUACAGAAGCUAUCGAAAUUAUAAGAAAUGGUGGACCAUCUGUUCGACUUUUAGUUCGACGUGGUUGUCAAAUGCCUUCAGUGGUAGGUGCUCCUCCACACCUCUACGACAUGAAUAUAUGAAAUUAACCACUCUAAAUAACAUUAUAUUAAUAUUAAAAAUAUUAACGAUAUUUAUUUCUGCAAAUGAUGAUACUAAUGCUAACGUUGUCCUUGUAUAACAUUCCUUAAUAAUUUUAUUUGAAGCUUCAAAGUUUAACAUUAGGUACCAUAAUAAAAAAAAAAAUAUUUAAAGACAAUAUGCAAAAGAAAACAAUGAUUGCAAGAGGUUGUUUUAUUGCAGUGAGAGUUAGAUUAAUACUGUUUUACAGUACUAUGACAUUUGGUACAGAAAUAUCUGGUGCAAACGGAAAACAGUGUUAUAUUGUAUAUUUUAUGGAGUUGGUUAUACAUAAAUGUAGGUAUGUAGUAAGAUAUAUACUUUUUGUAUGCGACACGUUGAAAUCAAUUUUUAUAACUUAUAUGUGCAGCUUCUAUAUUUGAUAAUAUUAUUUACUAGUGAUUAUUAGAGCUUCAAAUUAUACAUAUUGCAGUUCAACAAUAUUAAUAUGGAUAUUGUGGACAUGGUUGUUGAUUUUCAAUGAAAUGAAUUAUACUUUAUAAUAAUAUUAAUAUUAAUUACGUAUUAUAUAUAAUUAUAAUGUUUUGAUUAUUAAAAUGAGAAAUUUUACAUAUUUUUAAGUUGAAAAAACAAAUAUGUGAACGACUUUUCUUGCAGCUAUGAACGUAACUUGUAAAGUCCGAUUUAUAGGGAUGAUACUUGCUCAUUCUAACAAAAUUGGACUGGUGCUAACUCUAUAUUUAAAUGAUCUAAUUUCUGAAAAGAAAAAAUAUUAAUUCAUCCUAACACGUGUGAUAGCUUGAGAGUAUUGUGCCUUACGCGUGUUCCAUAUUUAAUAACAAAAUUAUUAAGCAAAAGCUUAAGCUUUUGAAGCAAUUAUAAAUUUUUUAUUGAACUUUAUUGUAGAGUAAUCUUACAAUCGACCAAAUAAGUAUUCGACCGAUUGAUGAAGGCACCCCACGCAGACAUUUAUUGAAAUUACACGAGAUGGGUGUGCAUCCUAAAAAACGUCAGAAAGUUCGAUUUUUCAUUUUACUCAACUGCUGUUCAUCUAAAAAUAGAUAUUUAUGAUAAACAAGCAUUUACAAACAUAAUAUUAUUUUAUUCAUAAUAAAUUAAUAUUUUAUAAAAUUAAAUAUUAAUUUUGAGAAAAAAAUUUUUAACAUCUUUAUUAGGUCAUUUUACAUUUUUUUUAUAAAAUUGACCUAAUUAUAUAUUGAAAUUCUUUGUAUAAAUGAAUUAAUAUGUAAACAAAUACGGUGAAUUGCAAAUGUGAAUAGAGUAUAAUCUAUUUGUAAUAACAAAUAGUAUUAAUACCUAUAAAAUGUAGGAUUUACUUAUUUUAAUAUCUGUGUAGAAAAAUUAUUCUCUACUAGUAGAUUUUUUACUAAAAGAACUUGAAGUAUCUAAAUUAAAUAUUUUUGUAUAUAUACUCCGUAGUAAUUGUAUACACUCAGGAAUAUUUUGAUAAAUUCACGAUAUUUACGAUAUAAUAUUGUGAUGUUAAUCAUAAAAUAAUAUGCUUUUGAGUAUAUGUAUACAAUUUGUGAAGAAUCUCUUUAUUAAAUAAUAAUCUCUUGCAUUAUUAUUUUACUUUUUGAGCAGCAUUUAAAGAAUAUUGUCGAUAAUUUUUUUAUUAUAAUAUAAUAUUUAUUAUGAUUAUUGUACGAAAUAUAUGCGAAUAGCAAUAAUUAAAUUAAGUACUGAUACAACCAAAGAAACAAAUGCAUUUAAUCAUUUUGAGAUGCAAUGUAAAAGAUACAAAAAAAAAAUAUUACUACAUUUAUUAUUUAAAAACUUUAUUUAAAAUAAAAUAAAUAACAUACUUUCUUUUAUUAAUUAUAUGGAAAUAUUUAUAAUAAAGUAAUUGAAAAAAAUUAUUAAUAAAAUUGAAUAGAGAAUUGAAUAAAAUAAAUAAAAAAUCUUUUCCGAUUUUUUUUUGCGAAAUUGAAAUGUAUUGAACAUAAAAAGUUAAUAAAUAUAUUUUUUUACUAGUAAUAACUACAAAAAAAAAUGUUUGAAUAAAAUAUAAUGAAGUUAAACGCUAAAAAUGAAUUUGUUAAACAAGAUUGAUUUAAAUUAUAUUUUUAUCUUUAAAUCUUUUCGAAUAUAAAAAACUGUUUUAAAAAUCUUAAGAAUUUGUAUAAAAUUUUUAUUGUUUAUAUUUACUUAAGCUAUUUUACAUGUAUCUUAUCAAUAAGAAACAAUAGUAAACGCAUUUAAAAUUUAUUACAUUUUAUCUAUAUUAUAUAGUUAUGUUUAUUUUUAUAAUUAAAUAUAAAAAUAUAUAUAUAUACAUACAUAUAUAUAUGUAUAUAUGUAUGUGUGUGUAUAUAUAUAUACAUACACACAUUUACAAUUUGUAUAUUAUAUAAAAUAGUGCAAACAAAUUAUAAAUAUUUAAAUAUUAAAAAGAUACAUUAAAAAAUUAUGUGUGACAUUAUUAAGAUAGUUAUAAGAUAAAAAAAAUAGUUUUCAAUUAAAAUGUAUUCACUAUCUUUAUAAUUUUUAUCAUCAUUAAAAAAAAUUUUAUCUUCUAUAAUUACGUUAUGAUUUUAUCUCUUAUAAAUAUAUUGCAUCGUUUUAUUAAAAAUAUUAUAUAUUUAAAAAUUGAAAAUAUUGUAUCAUUAAACAUAUUUUUUUUUGUUAUAAUUACUGUAUAAUUAUUAAAUUUUUUGAAUCUUUCGAUAUUUAUUAUAGAUUAAUAUUUGAUAAAUUUGUUAUUAUUGAACUUGAAAUAUCAUUAUUAUUAUUAAAAUUCUAUUAUAGAAUUAUUAUUGUUGAUACAUAUAUCAAUAAUAAACAUUUUAAUUAAU